ACCGACUUCGUCUUCUCUCUCCUCCUCCAAAACUCUCCCUCCUCACCGGAAACCACCGCUGCACUCAUCGACGCCGCCACCCGCCGCCGCAUUCCCUAUCCCGAUGUCGUAACCCGUACCAAAACCCUAGCCGCCUCUCUUCACCACCAAAUCGGACUCUCCAAUGGCCACUCCGCCUUUGUUCUCUCCCCGAACUCAGUUCAAAUCCCGAUUCUCUACCUCUCUCUGUUCUCUCUCGGCGAUACCGUCUCUGCUUCCAAUCCGACUAGCUCCAAAUCCGAAAUUUCUCGCCAAAUAGACCUCUCGAAACCGGUUAUCGCCUUCACUAUCUCCGACACCGCUCACAAUCUCCUCUCACUUCUCCACCGUACGAUUAUUCUCGAUUCGCCGUAGUUCGAGUCCAUGAUGACGAAUCGAACUCGAAAAUUUCACCGAAUUAGCGUUUCUCAGUCCGAUAAGGCGGCGAUUCUCUACUCCUCGGGAACUACCGGCAAAUCCAAAGGCGUGGAACUGAGUCACCGGAACUUCAUAUCGUCGUUGGCCGGAUCGCAAGCUUCUCGUCCGGUGAGAUUUUCGCCAGCGGUUAGUUUCUGUGCGGUUCCGUACUUCCACGUGUACGGAUUUCUGUUGUGUUUGAGGGCGGUGGCCAUGGGGGAGAGUUUGGUGUGUAUUGGGAGGUUUGAUGUAGGGAUGAUGAUCAGAGCGAUUGAUAAGUUUAGGGUCACACAAGUGGCCUUGGCCCCAUCUGUUAUUGUUGCGAUGGUGAGAAAGGGUGAUUUGAUGGACGGCGGCCACGAUUUGAGCUCGCUGGAGUUGGUGGCGUGCAGUGGAGCUCCGCUGCCGAACGCCGUGAUUGAGAGGUUUAAGAAGAGGUUUCCCGGGGGGUGCUAGUAGCGCAG